GCUAAUUUAACAAUUUGAACUUCGAGUGAAAGUAAAAUGUUUGGAGAAGUUGAACUGUUGUGUACAUUUGAUUAAUCUCAUUAUGUAAUUUACUCGUUAUUAACGAAACCAAACCUUGUCCGUUCUAUUUUAUUUGACCUAGAUUUGCUUUGUCUCUUAGUUUGUCAGCUAACAGCCAGUCCAAGGAGAUCAUUUGCUCGGGUCUAAUCCGAGUGUGUUAAUCCUUUCACACUGGACCAGGACAGGAGUUGGAAGACGUCCAACAGGAGGAGUGUCUAUAAUCCUAUCGGCCAUGAAGUUAAACACAUUGAGGUUCCGGGUAAAUAAGUAACAACAUUAAGGCUAUGCUCAGCUGGGACUCUUGAGGACUCACAAAAACUUUGAACUUUCCGUGGAAGUAUGCGGGGUUAACUCACAUCUAGUAGGGCAGAGCAGCUCUACUAGAGUCCAGCCGGUUUGAAGGGGCAUGAAACCCCGACCAAACUUUGGUCAUCCUGGCAAAGAAGCGACACGAUGGCAGCGUGCGGAAGAAGAAGUCGAACAAAAUUGCUUUUUUGCCUUUUUGGCGUCACUUUGUUGGGGUAUCUACUAUUUUUCAGACACCCAUCCGGGGAGGUCAGCGCUGCAAACCGACGUGAAGGUCCCAGGGACGGAGAUGUGGACAAUGAACGGCUUAAGAGGCCCGUGUACGAGAAGCCCCCGCUGGAUCCAGACGCCUUGGGUGAAAUGGGAAAAGCUGUUAAACUGAGUUUGAACAAGGAGGAGAAAAUGAAAGAGGAUGCGAGCAUCCAGAAGAACCAGAUUAACACGUAUGUCAGUGACAGGAUCUCACUGCACCGCAGGCUGCCAGAGAGAUGGAACCCACGUUGCAGAGAUCUCAAGUACGACUACAGGUCUCUGCCGACAACCUCUGUGGUGAUCGCUUUUUACAACGAGGCCUGGUCUACCCUGCUGAGGACGGUCCAUAGCGUGCUGGAGACUUCCCCUGACAUCCUGCUCAGAGAGGUGGUGCUGGUGGAUGACUACAGUAGCAGAGAUCACCUAAAGAAGCCAUUGGAGAAGUACCUCUCAGGGUUGAGGAAGGUGCGUUUGAUCCGAGCCACAAAGAGGGAAGGGCUGGUCCGAGCCCGGCUGCUAGGGGCGUCCAUUGCCACGGGUGAUGUGCUGACUUUCCUGGAUUGUCACUGUGAGUGCCACGAGGGCUGGCUCGAGCCUCUGCUCAAGAGGAUAAAAGAGGAGCCGACAGCCGUGGUGUGCCCCGUCAUUGAUGUGAUAGACUGGAACACCUUCCAGUACUUAGGGAACGCUGGUGAACCUCAGAUUGGUGGGUUCGACUGGCGGCUGGUCUUUACCUGGCACAGGGUGCCAGAACAUGAACAGAAACUACGUAAUUCGCCAACCGAUGUCAUCAGAUCUCCUACCAUGGCAGGUGGUCUGUUUUCUGUGAGCAAGAGCUACUUCCAUUACCUGGGGACAUAUGACACAGGGAUGGAGGUGUGGGGUGGAGAAAACCUGGAGUUUUCUUUUAGAAUUUGGCAAUGUGGGGGCAGUCUGGAGAUCCACCCAUGUUCCCACGUGGGUCACGUGUUCCCCAAAAAGGCCCCUUACUCACGGAGCAAAGCGUUGGCAAACAGUGUGAGGGCAGCAGAGGUGUGGAUGGAUGAGUACAAGGAGCUCUACUACCACCGCAACCCCCACGCACGACGGGAGGCCUUUGGAGAUGUGACCGAGAGGAGGAAGCUGAGAGAGAAUCUGGGCUGUAAAAACUUCAAGUGGUAUCUGGAUAAUGUUUACCCUGACAUUUUUGUCCCAAGUGAUCGGCCGGGCAUGUUUGGAAUGCUAAAGAGUCGGGGAAAGACCAACCACUGUUUUGACUAUAACCCUGGUGAUGAGGAGGUGGUAGAAGGCCAUAGGGUCAUCCUUUACCUGUGUCAUGGCAUGGGUCAGAACCAGUUUUUUGAAUAUUCAGUGGACGGGGAAAUCUGUUAUAACACAAGAGAACCUGCUGGAUGUGUGGUGGGCGACAACAUCAGCACUUACCUGACUGUCCAACAUUGCAAGAAGCGAGGACAACCUGUCCCCAUGGACCAGAAAUUUGUUCUUCGACAGGAUGGGAGUCUGUUCCACGUCUUGAGCCAGAAGUGUGUUGAAGCAGUGGACAAGACCGACAAUGGGAUACCAGCCCCGGUUCUCCUGCCCUGCUCUGACAACCUUCGUCAAAAGUGGUUUUUUGAGGAGAAGCUGUAAACCUUUAACAUACGUGGAAUAUCUCAGCAGCUGAGGAAACCUCUGCCCCCUUCUUCCUAUCAAAUUCCUCACGUUUCAUGCAGUAACAUUAAACUUCAUUCCUUCUAAAGCACUUUGUGUAUAAACAGAUCAUAGGAAUUCUGACGAUUUGUCAACGUGAAAACCUGGUCUAGGACCUAUUGAUCAUCUAAACUACAUAAUGAUGGGGUUCUGUUGUUUUUUUUUCCACUGCUGCUGCAGUUUUUUAAAAGAGACUGUUUUAACUUCCUUUUUGCUUUUUGAAAACAGGGAUAAGGAAACGCAAACAUGCAUCAAUCUGACAGAAGAGCUUCUCAUGAACUAGUGGCUGGGCUGACAGAUUUUCAGAGCACAUCAUCACUUUUCUUUCUUGAUGUUUGAAUUUUCUCCUGUAGAGGGGGCUAACACUCCUCUGAGUAUUUGUGCCAGCGUCUCCUCUCUUUGUCAUGUGACAGUGGGAAAAAUAUUCAGAUGUUUAAAUAGGAACCUUUUAAAAAGGUUGACUGAUUGAUGAUUAUAGCAGGGACUUACAGGAAAAAUCAUAGAUUGCAGGAAUCAUGCUGGUGCAUAACCACAUCACAUUACUACUGACAACAUGGGAAACAACACUGUUUCUCAGCUUUGAAUUGUUUAAUGUCACAUUUUACUUGAGGUGAAAUGGCAUGGGUCGCAAUGUUCCUUUCAGACGUUUCCUUCCACUCAUCAUCCACGUUGAAUGUCAUAUCACUUUUGGGCUUUUAAUUAUUUGUUUGAACUGUUCUUUUAUCGGAGUGACCUAUAAUACAACAUGUAAUGUCACUGGUUUUAAAAAUAAGAGUUAGACUGAGUUUAUUUUGGGUUUUCUCACACAGGGUAAACGUUUUUCACACAGAUAUUUGGCUAAAUGUCCCUCAGCAAGUUGCAGACAAACAUACUUGUUUGUUGCAAUCAACAAUCUCUGGGUGAUAUUGGACUGUUCCUCUCAUCAGAAAUGUUACAGCUCAUUUAAAUUGGUUGGUUUCCUGGCAUGAACCUGACUUUUAAUCAUAGACCAUAAAUUUGCAAUAGGGUUGAGGAUGGGGCCACAGUCAUGUGUUUCAUUCCUUCUAAAACCUGUUUUUAUGUGUGUUAAGGAUCUUUGCCCUGUCUGAAUUGGAAUUUCUACCAUAUAUCUGUGGUUUAAGGUGAAGUUGAAGAACUGGAAGUAGUUCUCCAUCUUUUUCUUACACUCACUUUGUGCAUUUCCAAUACCAAUGACAUUGUAGCAUGCUGCCACCUCCGUGCUUCACAUUUGUUACAGUGUAUCCUCGUUAUUUUGGCCAAACAGCUCAAUUUUUGUCUCAUUUGAACAUAAGACAUUCCCCCAGAAGGGAUUUAUGUGGCAAAGUCCAGGCGUGCUGGAAGUUGCAUCUUUCUUCUUUUGACUGGUUGGAACCUCAGAUAUUCCUGGAUCGUUCCUAAACAUCCUAACCAUUUCCAGUUCAUUAUAUGGGUUCAGAUUAUUGAAACUUGGACACAGUAGGGUGUUCCAGUAAAAUGAUGACGCCAAACAAGCUUCAAAAUUGGUUUUAGAUUAGAUAAAACAGGUGAAUAUUAAGCUUUUGGAAUGCCCUCUCCAAAGCCUCACCUCAAUCUUGUUUAAAAAGAUGUGUGAUCUAUGAUUAAAAGCCAGCUUUGUGCAAGGAAACCAAGCAAUUCAAAUUAACUCUGCCAAGAAAAUGGUCAACUAUUGAGCUACAAUAGUUGUUGAUGGCAACAAAAAGCUGCCAUCAACACAAAACCAACACAUUUAAUGCAUUGUGACCUUAUUACACCUGACAGUGUCAGUAAUAAAGAAAUCCGAAUCGUCACGUCAGGCUUUUUGAAGAUCGGUGAUCGUUUUUUUACUUUUGCACUAAAAUUGUGACUCUUGCACAUCGUAACACUAAAACUAGGCCCUUCUUUUCAUUUGGUAACAUGUAUUCAGCAGUGGUCUAGUAAUAUCAAUGUAUACCUUAAGAUAAAAUGAGGAAAAUAGUGCACAUCACUAAAAGCAAUGUCUGAAAAUACAGUAUAAAAGGCAUUGUAAACCGAAACUUUAUGUUGCUUCCAGAGUUUUGGCCUGCAAUGUAUGCAUGAAUUUGAGCUGAUUUGAGAAAAUCCACAAUGAAAUUCAAACUUGGGCAGCCAGUUCUUGUUUUUAAUAACCUCUGAAAUAGUUUGUUGUAUAAUCAUCCCCACCUUGUAGAAGAACAGUUCAAAAUAUGACAUUAAAAUCCCAAAAUUAAUACGAUUUCUGACCGUAAUGACUAAAUUUAAACUUCUGAGUUGAACUGUUAUGGCCUGUUUAAUGGCUGAAAUAAUGAUCUUAAAUUCUAUCUAUGCUACAUAGAUAUGCUUUAGUUUUGUGUUUCUUUAAAUCAUCAGGUCAAAUUUGUCAUAACCAAGUCACGUAAUAUUGGUUGUGUACCAAAAGCACGCACCAAAAUCUGAAUAGAAUAGGAAUAGUGUCUUCUAACUCUUGCACUUGUGCCUUUAUAGAUAUAAAACGUUUUGUCACAUGUCAAGGGAGGGAAAUGCCUUUAUGUUUAUUUUGCCACUCUGUAUAGUAAAAAUCUGUUUAGUCAGGAUUGUAACAAACUGACUGAUCUCCAGACAUUGGCACGGACAUGGGGUCUUUUCAUUGUGAGUACAAGUUCUUACGCUCAUGGGUCGUACUGAUGUGAAAACAGACGCCGCUGCAGCUUUCAGCCGUCAGAACAGACACCUAGUCUGAGCUGGAGUCUCUGUUACUUGUGUGGCUUUCCCUCAGGCCAUGUGGAGGGAAACAGCAGAGGGGUAGACAGUUGUUGGUGUCUCCAGUGUGCCACCAUGCCAGAUGGCUUCCUGAUUGAUUUUUUUUUUUGGGCUGCUCCAAAUUCUUUAUCACAUCUUUUCCCCCUCUGUAUGUCAUACGAUUUGAUAUUUUGCACCUGUAUGUACGCAUUUUGAGUUUUGAUUUAAAGAAAAUAAUCAUCAGGAGUCCAUUUUUGAUAAUGGAUCUGAGUGAAUGAA